GUGCAAAACCACCUGGCCCAAGCGAACUACUACCGAGAUGCAGCGAACCUUGACGAUUAUCUUGCGCACGCCCACUUCCUGCCUUUCAUCAACAAUGAGGUCAAGGGCCAGGACGGGUUGGCGGAGGGGCAGGGCCUAUCAAUCGAGAACGCCACUUACAAGGAGAAUUUCAAGUCCCUGCAAAAGCUGGUGCUGGUAA